CUGAUUACGAAACUCAUCAAGAAGAGGAGGACACGAGAAUGCUUUCCUCUGGCAGCUGCGGAGCCUGACCACCCUUCGCCGUCGGUCUACACGGGACUCGUUGCUGAAGAGUGGCCUCCAUGCGCUUCGAGCCGGCCGACUUGGGAGCCGGGAUGGCCUUUCACCCGUUCCUGCUCGGUUCCCGGAUCGGCGCCCCGGACGCCUUCGGGCCCAUGGGCGGCCUGCUCGCCCAGCCCUCGCCCUACCUGGCCGCCCUGCAGAACUUCAGUCCGGCCUUGUGCUAUCCGGCACCCCCGCCGCCGGGACUCUUCCCGAAGCCGCCGCACGUUGCCGCGGAGGACGUGCUGGGGGCGCAUCUCAGGGGUGGCGGGGUGCAGCCACCCCUCAGGGAGCCCGAAGAUGACGGGGUGAAAGACGAUCCCAAAGUGAUCCUCGAGUCGAAAGAACUGUGGGAUAAAUUCCACUCCCUCAGCACGGAAAUGAUCGUCACCAAGUCUGGAAGGCGCAUGUUUCCUGCUUACAAGGUUCGUGUCAGUGGUCUGGACAAGAAAGCCAAGUACAUUCUUUUGAUGGACAUUGUGGCAGCAGACGACUGUCGUUACAAAUUCCAUAAUAGCAGGUGGGUGGUGGCCGGAAAAGCAGACCCGGAAAUGCCCAAAAGAAUGUACAUCCAUCCCGACAGUCCUUCCACGGGAGAGCAAUGGAUGCAAAAAGUUGUCUCUUUCCACAAACUCAAGAUCACAAACAACAUAUCCAACAAACACAGUUUCACGAUCCUGAAUUCUAUGCACAAGUACCAACCCCGGUUCCAUCUAGUGAGGGCGAAUGACAUCCUCAAGUUGCCCUAUUCCACCUUCCGUACCUACGUCUUCAAAGAAACAGAAUUCAUCGCAGUCACCGCCUACCAGAAUGAGAAGAUAACAAGGCUAAAGAUUGACCACAAUCCUUUUGCUAAAGGGUUUCGAGAUUCCGGUGCAGCUAGGAAAGAUAAAAGGAGACAAAAUUCUUUGUUUGGUUCUCACUCUUAUCAAGAAGAAUCUCUGACGGCCUCCCCGCCAGAAGAUGGUAGAGGAGAUGAGGCAGACGACAGCAGCGAUAAUGAGAAUGUCGAUGUAGAUACACCAGACAAUGAUGGUCUAGAGUCGCAAACACUUGUCAAUGGCCAUCAUCAAUCUCACCAUUCCCCCGGAAGCAACUCUCAACGACUCUUCGAUGCGAGUAUUCCAAGAGAUUCUCCCACGUCGCCAACUGGAUCAGCAUCACCAGGAUCGUCUGCAUCAGCCGCAGAGCAGCGAUUGAUGCACGAGAAACUAUUCGGUGGCACUGACCUGGUCGCUCUGGACACUUUGCAGAAGUAUCUCCCUCUGCCCUACCCACCGUCCUUCUACUCGGGGCUCAUGGGGCACCUGCCCUUCCUUAUGCCCAACGCGACUGGUGCUUCUCAGGCCAUGGGUUCCUUGUUUCCUCCGAAUGAGGGAGCACAGUUGGCAGCAAUGAGACAGCUCCAUGCACACUUGGGACAUAACCACAGGUUGUUGGCGGACUCACUCCACGAUAGUGUAUCUAGUAAUCAGGAUGUUUUGUCUUUCCCCAAUGGAGGUAAUUCGUUAAUCAAGAGCCCCAAGGCUCAUCGGUUUGCUCCAUAUGCUUUACCGACAGUGAGCAGCGCAGACUCUGCAUUCUACAGGCUGGCUACUGCUGGACAGUUGCCACCAUUACCCACGAGCAAUAGAGAGACAGAGACUCCACCAUCUCCCAAAAGUUCACCAACAAAAGUCUGACAAAAGAAAUAAUAAAAUAUAGUUGGUGUAAACUUGUGAAAUGUUCAUAACCAGUGAUGCUAUGAUGCAAUAUGAAUUUUUCUUAAGGUACUAAAUGCUUUUCAU